GAUCGUGGUGAGCACUCACUUAAGCUGACCCGCUACAAUCUCGUAGGGAGCACUGCAACGAUGGCGGAUGGUAGUUUAACAUUCGACAUGCCUAGAGUGAAGCUUGGAAAUCAGGGACUUCAGGUCUCAAGGUUGGGGUAUGGCUGCAUGGGGCUUACUGGCGCAUAUAAUAAUCCUCUCCGGGUGGAAGAAGGCAUUAAAGUGCUCAAGGAAGCUUUUGAUAGAGGGAUUACUUUCUUUGAUACUGCUGAUAUAUAUGGGGUAGAGCAUGCUAACGAGAUACUGGUUGGGAAGGCAUUGAAGGAAUUACCUCGAGAAAAGAUCCAGUUAGCCACAAAAUUUGGUAUCGUCAAGAUGGAUCCCACCAAGAUUACAGUCAAAGGUGGUGCUGAAUAUGCCCGCUCCUGUUGUGAAGGUAGCCUAAAGCGGUUAGGUGUGGACUACAUUGAUCUAUAUUACAUCCAUCGAAUUGACACAAUUGUUCCCAUCGAGGACACUAUGGAAGAACUUAAGAAGAUGGUGGCAGAAGGUAAAAUAAAGUACAUUGGGCUAUCUGAAGCUAAUGCAGACACAAUUAGGAGAGCACAUGCAGUUCAUCCCAUCACUGCUUUACAGAUGGAAUAUUCCAUUUGGACUAGGGAGAUUGAGGAAGAACUAGUUCCACUCUGCAGGGAACUUGGAAUAGGCAUAGUUCCAUACAGUCCUGUCGGCCGUGGAUUUUUCGGGGGCAAAGCAAUUAAAGAAAGCCUUCCUGAGAAUAGUGUAUUGGGAUCGCAUCCUAGGUUUACCGGAGAAAACUUUAUGAAGAACAAGGUUGUUUACGAGCGAGUAGAAUCAAUGGCAAAAAGACAUGAAUGUACCCCUGCUCAGCUUGCUCUUACUUGGCUUCUUCAUCAGGGGGAGGAUGUAGUACCAAUUCCAGGUACAACUAAGAUUAAGAAUCUUGAUGAGAAUGUCGGUUCCGUUAAAGUGAAACUCACAAAGGAAGACGUAACAGAGAUUUGUAAUGUGGUGCCCAUCAACGAUAUUGCUGGUUGUAAAACGAGUGAAGCUCUCUACUGUGUCUCGUGGAGAUUCGCAAAUUCACCACCAAAGAACAGCAGUUAAUCAUCUUGAUGUGUUGACCAUUUUCAGUCUUGCAGAAAUGAGGAUUACGGGUUUUUCAGAAGGUGAUUCGAUCAUCCGUUGGCUCAAUAAACGAGUGGAUUCUACAUUGUGCAAUAUAUGUUGAUUUUGUUCUAUGAACCUAAACGAGUUGAUUAUACGUUGUCUCAGUCGAAUUGUGUUUGGGACUUUCGUGGGUCAUGAUAAUGUCUGUAAAUACUGAGUUGUAGCAAAGCGAUGGUUUGCACAGCCGCUCGAGCCCUCAUGUACGUGUACCGUCUGAUUUCUUAGCUCACACCAUUUGUGUUGAGGUGUGAACAAAUUAAUGGAGAAUUUG